AAGUCUGUACCCUCGCACAGGAAAUACCAACUCCGUAAAACGCGACUUUCCCGAGAGCGAUUGACUUUAAAUUCUUCUCGGACCCCGGAGAAGCGUCAGAAGACCCUGGAAUUUCAGAGGAGCUCCAAUGGCCUACGUCGAGAGAGGUGUUGUCAAACCUAAGCGAUCACUAUGGAGGUUGAGAACAAUCACUGAUUUCUUCUGGUCCAUUGUUAACUUCAUUGGCGUGUUUUUUGCGACAUUGUUUUCUAUGGAAAAAUCGGAUGCUUAUAGAAAAGGCUUAGCUUCCGGGAAGAAAUGGGACGGUGGAGGUCCAGGUGGACCUGGAGGGGGUCCAUAUGGUGGUGGUCCACGUGGUCCACCUCGUGGAUUAGACAAUGUUAGAGGGAUUGACCAUAGUUCUCUUCCUGCCUGUGGAUCCUGCUGCGGCUGAAUGGCUUGAGGUAUUCACUUCAAUAUUUCAAAGUGUGUUGAUUCUCUCGAAUGCUUAGAACCAAUUUAAGACAUAGUAGAUUUGAUAUUGUCUUGCGAAUGUUGUUAGAACGUUUGUGAGGAUAUGAAGCACUAAUAUAUGAAAAACUUGGACAUUUAUAAAUAAAUGAAGGCCUACUCAUA